AUGGCUCAGAGGGGCUGGGUUGGGGAUACAGGGGGAUACAGGCGGAUACAGGUGGAUACAGGUGGAUACAGGGGGAUACAGGCGGAUACAGGCGGAUACAGGCGGAUACAGGGGGAUACAGGUGGAUACAGGCGGAUACAGGCGGAUACAGGCGGAUACAGGUGGAUACAGGCGGAUACAGGCGGAUACAGGCGGAUACAGGUGGAUACAGGGGGAUACAGGCGGAUACAGGCGGAUACAGGCGGAUACAGGCAGAUACAGGCAGAUACAGGCAGCAAGAACCCCUCUCCAUCAGCAGGAGCAGCGAGCUGGGCAGCGGCAGCAUCCCGGGAUCGUGGUACCCAACGCUUCGGCUUCUCCACCCCCCCCACGGAUCCAACAGCACCUCCCAGCACCCCAGCGGGCACCGCCUCGGUGGCGCCAGGUGCCGGUGCGUUGCGGCUGGUGGGGGGCCGGAGCCGGUGCGAGGGCCGGGUUGAGCUGGAAGAGGAAGGAGCGUGGGGCACGGUGUGCGACGACGGCUGGGACCUGGCCGACGCCGACGUCGUGUGCCGGCAGCUGCGGUGCGGCCGUGCCGUGAGCGCCCACGGCGGUGCCGCCUACGGCCGCGGCAACGGCUCCAUCCUCCGGGAUGAGAUGGGCUGCGAGGGCCACGAGGAGCACCUCUGGCAAUGCCCGGCGGAGCGGGAGCACGACUGCAGCCAUAAGGAGGAUGCCGCCGUGGUGUGCUCAGAGCAUCACCGGUGGCGGCUGUCGGGGGGCCGGGACGGCUGCGCUGGCCGGCUGGAGGUGCUCUUCCAGGGUACGUGGAGCACGGUGUGCGACAGCGCCUGGUACGAGCUGGAGAGCAGGGUGCUGUGCCGCUCGCUGGGCUGCGGGGCCCCGCUCCGGACCCUCUCCUAUGGGCACACGCUGCCGGCGAGGAUGUUCUACAAGUGCGAGAGCCUCCAGCCCUCGCUGGCCUAUUGCCACUGGGUGUUCAAUAAAUCAUCCCCUUGCUACCAGUCCCGGGCGGCCGGCGUGGUCUGCAACGGCUCUUUGGGUUUGCAGACCCCGACCCCGAUGGCAACGGGGACCCCGAACACCACGGUCCUGAGAGCCGAUGGAGGUCCCUCGGAUGCAGGAUCGGGGUCCCCCCUGCCCGCGCCCCUCCUCAUCCCCUGCUUGGUGCUGGCAGCGCUGCUCCUGCUCACCGUGCUGGCCUUCACCGCCGCCCUGCUGAGGGUGAGGAAGAGGAGCGCCCACACCGUGGCCUCCCUCGGGCUCUCUGGACCAGUCCUGGUGACCCACAGCGCCCAGCACCCCACUGUGUCCUCCGGGACCUCCAAUGACUACAGGGAGAUGCCCCCGAGCGUUCCCAAAGGCCCGGGUACGUCUCUGCCCCCCUUUGCCCUAUGGGCAGUGCCUGCCCCAGCCCCAUCUCAGCCCUGCAUCCCGCUGCUCACAGCCCUGCCCGAGGACUCCGACUCUGAUUCCGACUACGAGCACUACGACUUCAGCAGCAAACCCCCCGUGGCCCUGUCCACCUUCCACAAUUCCCUGCGGCGGCAGCCCCGGGAGCAGCUCCUCCUGCUGAUGCCCAACAGGGAUGGGAUGGAGCCGUUCCCUGAGGAGGCACCGGCCAGGCCGGGAUCCACAUCCCAUGGCAGCACCUCCACCUCUUCAUCCGCCUCCAUGGCGCCCUAUUGCAACGCCACCGUGUCCCCAUCGCUCUGCACGGGGCACCCUGACAGCGGCACCCACCAGCACGUGGCACCCACUGCCCAUGGCUGCACCGGCUCCGCGCCCCAUGUGCCCCCCCCAGCACUGCCCCAUAGGGGAUGUGAGGGGGUCCCCGUGUCCACAGCAGCCCCCGAGCCCAACGACAGCUCCAGCACCUCCUCGGGGGAGUGGUCCGAGAGCCAGGGCAUGGAGACACCGGGGGGCCCGGCCCCAUGGAUGGGGGGGGACCCAGCCCCAUGGUACGGGGGGGACCCAGCCCCAUGGAUGGAGGGGGACCCCUCCGAGGGCAGUGACUAUGAUGACAUCCAGGGCUCCUUGUACUGAGGGGCCCAAUGGGGGCCCUGGCACUGCUGGGUCUCCU